CCGAAGCAGAUCACACACAUCGAGCAUUUACAUAAUGGGCGCGCCUGCCAACUCUGUUUGGCUGCCGCUGCUGCUAAUGGCCAUAUCAAUGGCAAUGGCACCGCUGGCAAUAGCGCAGACAAAUGAUACGACGAACGGUGGCAGUAUCUAUGAGAGCAGCAGUCCCAGAAGCAGCAGCACCACAAUCCGAACCAGCACCGAUUCUGACAUUGUUCUUAGCGGUGAUCUAAAGAAAGCCGUUCGCGUCGAACGAAUGGAAGAUGAGUUGGAGCCAGUAAGCAAAACUUAUGCGGUGACACCAAAGAGCUUGGAAGGCGGUCCGUACGAUGUUAUCGAUGUGAUGUCCGCGAACGGUGUUGGUGUGGGCCAACCCAAGACUGGACAGACGACUCGCAUCUAUACCACCGGUGAUGUGAACGAUGAUUUUUGGCUAAAGCAUUUGGGUGAUGACUUCAAGCAUGCCAUUCACCUGCAAGUGGGUGGCACAAAUGAUGACUACAAUCGCAUCGUCAACUCGACCAACAAUGGUGUGCACGAGGAAGUGCAUCAUGAGUAUUUGCCGGGCGCGGAACGGCCAGCAGAGGCGCAACAACAGCAGCAACAGCAGCAACUGCAGCAACAACGGCAACAGCAGCAACAACACCAACAACAUCAACAACAUCAACGUCAACGUUAUCAACAGCAGCAACAGCAACAACAGCAACAACAGCAACAACAGCAGCAGCAGCACCACCAGUCGGGCCUUCUUGGUAGCUAUGGUCGAACCAAUUUGAUCACCCAGUUGAGUCUCGAUGGAGAGGCCAUGGCACUGAGAGACAACUACCAGAGGCAACUGCAGCAGCAGCAGCAGCGCUAUGCAAAUGGCUAUGGACAACUAUACAACAACAGACACAGAAAGUUAUUCAAUAGUCCCAGACACACAUACCCACCCAUACAACACAACAUGCGCAACACACACAACACGCACAGCACACACAACACGCACAGCACACACAACACACUCAACACACACAACACACACAAGACACACAUGCACACACGGGCUGGAAAAUCGCGUCAUGGAAUACGCAAUCGUUCCAAGCCAAACAAUAAUGGCCAGAAUGCAAAUCCGGCAUCGGGCAUCAUCAACUCCAGCGAGGACACAUUGCAUGCGGCCCAAUCACAAUCGUCGCCCACAUCGGCCGUAUCGCCCAGCUCCGGCUCCAGCUACAGUUCGCUGAGGCACGUUGAUCAGGACAGCAGCCAGUUGCCAUUCAAAUCACAAUUCAAUGAUUACGGCAGUCGUCCGACUCGCGAUCUGACCUAUCUGCUUUAUAAGCGUGGACUCUGAUUAACUAAAUGCCCAAGUUAAACUUACUAACUAACUAACUAACUUAUUAAUAAUUGUUUUUAAUAAACGUCAAACAAAAACUACAAAAUUUGG